AAUUAAUUUCAAAAUAUUUGUAUAUGCUGAAGAGAGCUGCGAGCCAAAAAAUGGCUGCAAAGUCUGAGAUGUCUCAAAUAUUUGUGUAGACUCUAAGUUGACUAUGAAUUAAUAUAUUUGCAUUAAACCCCCUUUUAUUGACUGAAAAUAUUAACACUAGGACUGGUCGAUGUUAAGAUUGUAGUAGAAAUAAAAAUAUUGACAUCACUUAUUAUGAAGUCAGCAUCAGAGGAAUUAUGCAGUUAAAAAAAGAAAGAAUGUUUUUAUGACACUUUGAUUCUCAAUUACAGUCACAUAUGAAUUCAUCAUGUCAGUGAGACGCAUUUCGGGGAGAUUCCCGUAUCCUGAUCUGUGGGAGAAUAAUUGAAGCCUUGCCAACUUCCGUGCUAUGACCAGCGAGAAACUAAAAAAUGAAAAAACAUCACAGAGAGGAACAAACUCGAAAGUAUCUGUAUGAAACUGGUCUUCAUCGAAACAAGUGCAUAGCAGUUACUCAGCCUCGGAGAGUUGCAGCUGUGCAAAUCGCAAAACGAGUUGCCUUUGAAGCUAAGACAGAAGUUGGUGCGACAGUUGGAUAUUCAGUGCGAUUUGAAAAUGUGACUUCUGCAGCUACUAAGAUUAAAUAUCUCACAGAUGGUAUGCUGCUGAGGGAAUCUAUUACUCACCCUUUAUUACUUGAUUAUAGUUUUGUUAUACUAGAUGAAGCUCAUGAAAGAACUUUAAGCAAUGAUAUUCUCCUUGGUACAGUCAAAAGUGCUCAGAAGUUAAGAAGAGAAAAAAAUUUGCAGCCUUUAAAUAUAAUUGUGAUGUCUGCCACUUUAGAUUGUAAGCAGUUUUCAGAAUACUUCAACAACUGCCCAUCUUAUAAAAUACCUGGUCGAUGCUACAAUGUAGAUAUAUUACAGCCUACAAGGAAACAAUCUGGUUAUGUUGAUGCAUCUUUAGCCACCGUCUUCAAAAUACACCAGAACGAAGAGAAGGGUGAUAUAUUGGUUUUUUGUACUGGUCAGGAGGAAAUUGAUUAUAUGGUGAAGGAAACAAGUGUUCUUGCAAAACAUUUACCUAUUGAUAUAGGACCAAUUUAUGCUUUCCCUAUGUACAGUGCUCUGCCAAUAGAACAACAGACGUCUGUUUUUAAUCCAGCACCUGGUGGUUCCAGAAAAGUAAUAUUUUCAACAAAUAUUGCUGAAACCUCUAUAACUAUACCUGGUGUUAAGUAUGUUGUUGAUACCGGCAAGGUAAAAGCAAAGUCUUAUAAUUCCACCUGUGGUUUUGAUAUACUCCUACCUCAAUACAUUUCUAAAGCACAAGCAAUACAAAGAAGUGGCAGAGCUGGUAGAGAGUGUGAUGGAAAGUGUUACCGUUUGUAUACGGAUGAACAAUAUAGAAGUUUCCAGGAGCAAACUGAACCAGAAAUUUUAAGAUGUUGUCUGUCGAGUGCCAUUUUAGAGAUGGUUGCCAUUGGCAUACGAAAUAUAGUUGGAUUUGAUUUUAUAGAUAAACCAUCUGAAGAAAAUAUUGCUGCUGCUAUCAAAACCCUGAAGCUUUUGGAUGCUGUUGUAGAAAAAAAUGGUUUAUUGGAGCUGACUGAGUGUGGAGAGAGGAUGGUAAAAUUUCCAUUAGAUCCUAGAUAUUCUAAGAUAAUUAUAGAGUCAAAGAAAUAUCGCUGCACGGAUGAAAUCCUUACAAUAGUUUCACUACUGUCUGUAGAUUCCAUAUUUUAUACAAAAAUAGAUGAUAGGGAUCAGUUUUCUAAAGCCAGACAGAAAUUUGAAAGAAUAGAAGGUGACCUACUUAUGACGUUAGAUGUUUAUAAACAAUACAAAAAAUAUAAAGGAAAUCCUGAUUGGUGUAGAGAAAAUUUUAUUAAUCCUUCAAAUAUGAGGACAUGCAUAGCUAUAAGGAAGCAAUUAUAUAAUAUUUCUUGUCGUGUGAAUAUCCCUUCUAUUAACUGCAAUGAUCCUAUGCAAAUUCAAAAAUGCUUGGCGACUGGUCUCUUUUUUAAUGUUGCUCUCUUGUAUGAAAAUGGUAUUUACAAAGUAGUAGAAACUAAUCAAGAAAUAAAAAUGCAUCCAUCAUCAUGUUUGUUUAGAAGAAAAAAUAUUUCAUGUUGCCUCUAUACAGAACUUGUACAAACACAAGCUACACAUAUUUUAAUGAAGAAUCUGACUUAUAUUCCAGAAGAAGCUUUAAUUAGUGUUAAGCCUGAAUAUUUCAAGACUAAAAUGACACGCUUAGCUACUAUGAAAUCUAUGCCUAUUUUAAGUUCAUAACGCAUUUAAAAAAAGAAAAAACGUUUAGUCUGACUGUUUAUAAUCAAGUAUUUGCCAAAUUCAUUGAAUGCAUUUCUUUUAUAGAUUAUCAAGUUCAAUCAAAGCUUUAGGAGAUAAUCAGCUGAUUUAUUUCAAAACAUACAUAUUAGAAUUCUUUGAGAUAACUAUUGUUUUUAUAAGACAAAGCAAUUUUUUUUCUUCUUAUUUAAAUGCAUUUAAGUUUUAUAAAACUAUAACUCUUAGUUUACAAAAUAGUUUGAUAAUACAUUAUUUGUAAAAAUAUAUUUAGAGUUCUACCCAUGCACAACUAUGUAUAUAACUAUCUAUUAAGUAUUAUUGUAUAUAUUUUGUUUGUGUAUAAUUAUCUUUGUCUCAAAGUGUUUUUACUUUUAAAUUUCAACUUUUAUGUGCCUCAUCAUAAUGUUCAUUCACAAUAUUGUAUAAUUUUUUCAAAAAUAAAAUAUGGAUUCAUGGUGA